AUGGCAGAUAGUUCAUCAAGUUCGGCACAACCCAUGAUCGAAGGAAGCAAACGCACAAACGAAAUCCUACUCAACGACGAGUGGCAGUUGGAGUUCAUUCUCAAUGCAGGAAUUGUGAAAGAUUGCGAGUUGAGUUUGCCAUACAGGGCGCAAUUGACCAAUGACAAGUGGAACCUGUUCUUGUCAUUGGAAGGGUUUGAAGAAACCCUAACAGGGUUCUUGAAGGAAGAAGAAGAUGUCACAGAGGGGAUUGAGGUGAACGUGUACGACAGAGGUGGCCAUGAAUUCCAAAUGAUGCUGAAGAAAUGUGUGCAACACUCCAACCGCUUCUACGUUCUCAACAGAGGGUGGUUCAGUUUCCGCAACCAACAUGGUUUGGGACAAGACGAUCUCAUUGCUCUGCGUGUAUUUCGUCAUGCCAUAACUGACAUCUUAUCUUUUGUUCUUACUUAUCAAAGAAUCAGGUAA